UCGCCGGGGCCGCAGCUCUCCCCCGUCGCCACCGCCAGCUCAGCGGCUCGGACUCGGCGGACGCCGCUCGCUGCCAGUUCGCCGCCCGCCCGAAAGCUGCCGCCGGGGCGCCGCAGCCCUCACGCCUGCUGCCCACCGCCCGGUUCAUCCAUGAGCUCAGAUUUCCCACAUUACAACUUCAGGAUGCCUAAUAUUGGAUUCCAGAAUCUGCCUCUCAACAUAUACAUUGUGGUUUUUGGCACUGCUGUAUUUGUCUUCAUCCUUAGUUUACUCUUCUGUUGCUACUUGAUUAGGCUAAGACAUCAAGCACACAAAGAAUUUUAUGCCUACAAACAGGUUAUAUUAAAAGAAAAAGUAAAAGAAUUGAAUUUACAUGAGCUCUGUGCUGUGUGUCUAGAAGACUUCAAGCCUCGAGAUGAACUGGGGAUUUGCCCAUGUAAGCAUGCCUUCCACAGAAAGUGCCUUGUUAAGUGGCUGGAAGUCCGCAAAGUGUGUCCCCUGUGCAACAUGCCAGUGCUGCAGCUGGCCCAGCUGCACAGUAAACAGGACCGUGGUCCCCCUCAAGAGCCCCUCCCUGGGGCAGAGAACAUUGUAUAGCCCGCUGCAAGGAUCGAACUUGCUGGAUACAUCAGUGUGGAGCCAGGAGGAAUACAGCAGACUUUGGCCUAGGCUGCUCUCUGCCUGGGGCACCCACUGUCACUUCCUUUGCCUCAUGAAGAACUCUCGAGCCAGGCACGCUGAGACCCUAGGCAUCUGGAUCUUGUGACAACCAAAGCACUCUGACAUCACCCUAGGCAAGAGGAGUGGAUGAGCCUGCAGGUUUGGUUUCCGAAGUCUCCUGAGCAUCUCUUACUGUCUCCCAGGCACCUCCACAUCAACCAGAAGGGAAGAUAACACAGGUGUUGAGAACGGGACUGAGAAUGGGACUUUAAGGCCAUACCCACCUGUGUGUGGACCUGUAAGCUGCUGCGUCUGCUGCCACAAACCCUCUUGGCAUCCUGAGUCGUGGAACCAGCUGUUCCAUCAGCUGAAGCACAACUGGCUGCUAGUGUUUGGUGAAGCAGCCUCUGCAAGGCUCUUCAGGUUCUGUUCCUUUAAUAAGGCCUGCUUGGAACCUGAAGACUAUGGGAGCAGCAGCAGCAGAACUCACCACACAUACCAGUUCACACUUGCUGUCAAAUCUUCCAAGUUAAAGCCAUUAGAUACACUUGGAAAGGCCUGAUCAGGAGCCGUUCCUCUGUUUUCCCUACUAGUCAUCAGUAAUACCCAGAAGGAGCUUGACCCUGAACCUCCAUUGUCUUGUGUAACCCAGGAGCCAGGGUACUGCUCAAGUACCCCACAAAUGCAGUAUGACUCCAUUAUAGCUGCUGUCCUCAGCCCACUGGCUGAGGAGUCUCUCUGGGCCCCUCAGAUGGCUCCAAAGAGGAGCUGCCUUCUCAGCAAGGCCAGUCCCCAUCCACCUGGAUGACCAGGACGCCGACACUUUGCUUCUCUCUUCUCUUCCUACCCUCCUCUCUUCUCCUCUUCUACAUAAGAAAAAUGUCUUGCUACAUUUUUAAACAUUUAUCCCAAAUAAGCUCUCUAUAAUUCUGAAGCCAGUGAGCCACUUGGAGUUGUAAAUAGUUUGAGCAAGCUCCUGCAUGGCUGGCCUUCUAUUGGUGUGUACCUCAGUUAUUUGGACUUCAGAUCCCUAACUGAAGGUGUUUUUAUAGGAGAAAUGCAUGCUGCUCUUUGGCUUUUUCUGUCCAACUUUUCUAGAGAUAAUUGCCUCCAAUAGGCCUUGUGGACACUGUAAAUUAGCCGUGUGAAAGCACAGAACAUUCUUUUUACACAGCUUGUUCUCCCUCCCUCGUCACAACAGUGCCACUGUAAUGCCUCAUCAACUGCCCUGCCCUGCUGUCCCAGUUGUGAGGAAGUUUUGCAGGAAGUACAGUCUGGCAUGGAGAAGAUUGGGGGGGGGGGAGGCUUUGCUACUCUGUUCUUGGCAUUUACCCAAUCUUAGAAUGAGAGGGGACCUGCCUCUGCCUCCAGUAGCUGAGGUCAGAUGGGGAAGAAAAUUCCUAUUUGUCUAACAAGUGCUAAAGGAAGCCAAAUGGUUCAAACACCCCUGUAGUCCCAGCUGAGGCAGGCAGGGUCACAAAUUUGAGACCAGCCUUGGCUUUAUAGUGAGAUCCUCUUUGCAAAGGGGGACUAGGGGGUAGUUCUUGGCAGAGUCCAUUUGGAAAAUUACAAAUCUGGUUGGUGAGAAUUGCCUGUCCCCAUCUGGAUUCCUAUACAGAGCAAGGAAGUGAGAACCAUUUUCUGAGAGCCUUAGCCUGAUUGGCCCCAAGAAUUCAUGCCUAUGUUCCUCUUGCUUCUAUUAUGUUUGUAGCAUCAGAGUCAAAUGCCAAACACUCAGUUUACAGUGAAAUGUUUUCAAUGACCAAUGCCAGAAGUGGGCUUCUUCUGGCCUAGUUUUGUUAUAGGCUAUAUCCGUCAUUUCAUAUUGCAUUAACUGGAUACAAUAAGGAAAUGCCCCCUUAAAGAUUACCAUAUGGUCAGUACUGUAAAUUAUUACUACUCACAGCUUUUACAGAAUCCCGACCUUUAGCUGCAGCCUUUUCUAUCCCUGUCCUUACUACUAAAAAGCCAGCUUCACCAAAGCUCUGUAUUUGUAAAGGCAAAGUUGCUCCUCGGGCCUCCAGACAGGUUGAGGUGCUUGGUGUGCAACCUGAGUUAGCAUUAGAGGACUACUGGGGGUGCUUUGCUCUGCACCAGGACCCCCAUUCUGCUGGGCCUGAAUGAGGUCCCCUAAGCGUUUCUGCCCAGCCGCUAUUCAUGUGAUUGCUUCCUAAGACAUUCCUUGAGCUGGAAGCUGCAACUGGGCAAAGUAUGCCUCUCAUCUCCUCCUUGGCUUGGUGAUCACCUCCUGCUGCAGCAGCCCAGCCAUACCUCUCCCAGUCGUUCUGGCCCUUGCUAGCCACAGCAACCCAACAUUUACACCUGAUGUCUAGGUCCCUUCACCAGUGUUCCCUGUGCAUCUGCAGUUGGCUGAGCCAUACUCUGCUCAGGCCCAAACCUGCAGUGAGGCCAUCAUUUCCUAAGUUUCUGGUCAUCUUUAUGUGGAUAUGUGAGGAUUUUGGUCUACUCUUGGACUAUUUGAACUCAAGUGUCUUAAGGGCUAUGGGUUAGUGGAGCAUAACUCAGCCCUAGCUGGACUUCAUGUGAUCGUUGUUACCUGGGAGUCAAUUGAAUUCAGCUGGCAUUGGAAAUGAAACAAAACCUACCAUAACCAGAUUCCUACUUGAGUCACUCUAACUUAUGAGAAGUUGACAUCUGUUUUGCUUUGCCAAAUGUAAUUUAGUUUGGCCUAUCUCUGACCAUUAAGGUUCUUGUAGCAUGUGCUUACCUAACCAGGAAGCAGGACAAAACAGCCAGGUAGGACAGAUGGCCUCUGAGUGAGGUUUAUACUGAGGAAUACAGGGGCCCUCCCACCAUUGCCAAAUACUGUUCUUGACAAGACUUGACAAAAGAUCUUUUCCAUGGCUGUGUUCCAAAGCAUGCUAUCUGACUUCAAACAGCUGUGCUGAACACCUCCAGCACUUAUUUUCUGGGAAUUUGAGAUGUCCAUAGAGGGUUCCAGGGAGAUCUAUGCACUAGUUUGAAUUGUCCACUCACUGCUCACUUGCUUUGUGCUUUUCUUCAGGUCAGCCUCUCAAGAGCCUCCUUUCCUUAGCCACCAUCCAGAAAUUGUAGCAAGGUUCCUUGAAGACAUGCCAGUCCAGUCUGGUGGGCACAGGCAUGGGGGAACCAGGAGCUGCCAAUAGCACAUACCUUCCUGGUGACAAACUCAAGAACUUCCUGAACUAUGGGGCAGUCAAUCUUUGAGACAGGUUCUAUGUACUCCCAGUUGUCCUGAAACUGUAAACCAGGCUGACCUCAAAAUCAGAUCAGUUUCCUCUGCAUCUGCUGCAGUUAAAGGUGGAGUACCAUGCCUAGCCUCCACACUGAAUCUUGACUUGGUUGCUCAGUCUUCCUUUGAGUCCUUGAAUAGGUAAUUCUCCACAAAACUCACAUAUCACAGUAGUUGUCUUCCUUGCAAAACUCUGUGCCAUGAGCACUCAAUUCAUUAAUGUUCCUUUUGUCUCCUUUCAGGGGUGGGGUGUGUGGUGUGUGUGCAUGGUACACACACACAUACAUGUUGAGAGACUUUAUACAGAGAGCCAUCCCAGAAGUUAAGGAAUCUAUAUGAAAGGUGAGCCAGAAGCGGAGGCUGUUUUUGCAUUCACAUUCCUUUUGUGUAGAUUGCGUCCCUUACCCCUAAUGAAACAGCACAGCUGAUUUCCCUACGUACUGUCUCCAGGAUGACAGUCUUCCCCUUAGCACUAAACAGUCUCGGGUGCCUGGACCACUCUGGUCACUUAGGAGAACAGGUAUCCAGGUAGAGGUCUCCUAAGUCCCCGGGCUAAGAGUCAUUACAUCUCAGUGUCUGCAAAUGAGACACUACAGAAGCAAUGCUUCCUACAGAAGUCUCCCUCAGCCAACUUUCUGAUGAACAGAAAUUGCUUUCUUUCUAAGUUCAUUUCUGCCCUCUUCUAACAUAAAAAUGAAAGCAGCCUCCUCCAGGCAACCCUAAGGGGGAAAGCAGACAUGUGCCUUGCUCUUCAGCAUCCACCACCCAAAGUCUUUGCCCACUCACCUGCUUCCCUGCAGCCCAAUCAGCAGCCCAGUGAAUAAAGUGUGUCUGUGCUCACCCAAGAUGAACCUUGAAAAGAGGAGACCUAUCCUUCUGGUACUUCACACAACCUGUAGCCUGGUUAAUUGCCUAAGAGCACUAGCCGCUCUUCCAGAGGGUCCAGGUUCAAUUCCCAGCACCCACAUGGUGGCUCACAACUUCAAUCUGUAACUUCAGUUCCCUAAGAUCUCUUCUGGCAUUUGUGGGCACCAGGUACACACAUACAUGCAAGCAAACACUCAUACACAUAAAAAUGAAUCCUUAAAAAAAAAAUACCUACAAUGGAAGCAUCACAGUAUCUGACUAAAUCUUAGUGAUGAGGACCUUAAAUGCCAGGUAAAGACUUUUUUUAAAUAAGAUUAACAGGACUUAGGUACACUAAUUGAGUUGAACACUUGUCAGCCUGUUUUCAAGUUCAGCUUUAGAAUCCAAAUUACUGCAAGAUGCUUUGAUUCUAGUUAGACCAAGCAAGUAUCCACAUUCUUAGUUCCUUUGUUCAUGGGGUCAGGGAGAAUACCCCUGCUGUUUCAAAGACACAAUGUGGCUAAGAACAUGGCCCCACCAGUGUUAAGGGACUUGUGCAGUUGAAACUUCAGCACCACCCACUCCACUCCAGCCUGGCUGGUGUGGAGAAGCAGAGCGUCUUCCUGGUGAUGGCCUGGAACUGAUGCCUCUGGGUCUUUUGACAAGUCAUGACCAGGAAAGUGGGAGAGUGGCACUUUAGUCUUGUAGUUUAGCCCUUUGGGGCUCAUUUACUAGAUGUAACUCCCUCAAAAAAGGUUUAUGAAAUGCUGAACCUCAGGUUUCAUAGACUGUUUGUACACUAAGAAUUCUGCAGCAGAAUAUUUUUAAACAUUGGUUUUUUGUAAGCUAUAUUUUUGUAUAUUUAAUUGCUAUUUUAAAACUUUAAUGCAUUUUUUGCUAAUCACUUGUUUAAAAAUAAAACAUGCAUGUAUGUAAUUGACCCAAACACUGUAAAUAAAGGGCAGAUUUUGAAAUA